AAGUUUAAAGGAAUUCAGUCAGUUUUAGACUGUCAUCAUAUAAAGUCACUUUUAUUUUUAUUAAUCUAUUCGUGAUCUUAAAACAUUCAAAAUGUAUCGAAUACCAAAAUACCUACCACAAGGUAUUGCAUCCAUUGCCAAAGAGUCGUCAUAUCGUUUAGUUAAAAAUAGUAAUUAUAAUCAAUUAACACGUUGUUUGGCAACAACAUCUGUUGGAGAUGUUCUAUUUCCAAGUAAGUCAGAUUUUCCGAGCCGCCAUAUUGGUCCACGAAAGACUGAUGUUGUGGCAAUGCUGGAUAGUUUAGGAUUCAAGUCACUGGCAGAGCUUACAGAACGGGCCGUACCAAAAGAAAUACAAUUAAAUCGAGAUUUGAAUCUAGACAAACCAUUAAAUGAACAUGAGCUUAUAGUUCGUAUACGAAAUAUAGCGAAAAUGAAUAAGAUUUGGCGUUCAUAUAUCGGUAUGGGUUACCAUAAUUGCCAUGUUCCUCAUACAAUAUUACGUAAUAUUUUUGAGAACCCCGGCUGGACAACCCAGUAUACGCCAUAUCAACCCGAAAUAGCGCAAGGUCGUCUAGAAUCUUUGUUAAAUUAUCAAACACUUGUAUCUGAGAUGACUGGUCUAGAUGUAGCAAAUGCUUCGCUUCUGGAUGAGGGUACGGCAGCCGCUGAAGCCAUGUGCUUAUGUACCAGGCACAAUAAGCGCAAAAAGCUUUUCCUUUCAAACAAAAUUCACCCACAAACUCUGUCUGUGGUAAAGACAAGAGCCGAUGCUCUAGAACUUGAGAUUGAAAUUGGCUCCAUUAGCUCUGCAAAUCUAGCAAGCAGGGAAUAUUCUGGUAUACUUCUUCAGUAUCCUGACACAUAUGGCGAUGUCAAGGAUUUCGAAGACAUUGCUACUUUGGCCCGUAAAAAUGGUACCUUAGUUGUGGUCGCCACUGAUUUGUUGGCACUGACGCUAUUGCGACCACCUGCAGAGUUUGGUGCUGAUAUGGCAGUAGGUACCUCGCAACGCCUCGGUGUUCCUCUUGGUUAUGGUGGUCCUCAUGCUGGCUUUUUCGCCUGCAAGCAAAGUUUGGUUCGUCUGAUGCCAGGUCGAAUGAUAGGUGUAACCCGAGAUAUGGAUGGCAAUGAUGCCUAUCGCCUCGCAUUACAAACCCGUGAACAACAUAUUCGAAGAGAUAAGGCCACAAGUAAUAUUUGUACCGCCCAAGCUUUACUUGCUAACAUGUCAGCGAUGUAUGCAAUCUAUCAUGGACCCGAAGGCCUUAAAGACAUUGCUAACCGAAUUCAUCAUUUUGCAUUAGCCCUACAGACGGGACUUAGUGAUGCUGGCCAUGUCGUUAACAAUAAGUAUUUCUUCGAUACAUUGCACAUACAGCCAUGCAAUGGCCUUACCACAGAAGAUGUAAAAUCUCGAGCAGAAACAAAACAAAUUAAUUUCCGGUACUUUGCAGAUGGAACAAUCGGUGUUGCCCUAGAUGAAACUGUUGGACCGAAAGAUAUCGAUGAUAUACUUUGGAUCUUCAAGUGCAAAAAUCUUGAUGAGGUUUUAUCCCAAAGUGAUAUUCUUAAAAAUUCAAUUGAAAACUCAAAGUUCUAUAGAACAUCACCGUUUUUAACCCACCCAAUUUUCAGUUCGUAUCACAGUGAGUCACGCAUGGUUCGUUACAUGAAAAAGCUGGAAAAUAAAGAUGUAUCAUUGGUUCAUUCUAUGAUACCAUUGGGAUCGUGCACAAUGAAGCUAAAUUCGACAACAGAAAUGAUGCCAUGCUCUUUCCGACACUUUACAGAUAUUCAUCCAUUUGCGCCGAUAGAUCAAGCUCAAGGCUACCAUCGUAUGUUUGAAGAGUUGGAGCGUGAUCUGUGUGAGAUCACAGGAUACGAUAAAAUCUCCUUCCAGCCGAAUUCAGGAGCUCAGGGUGAAUACGCUGGUCUAAGAGCUAUACGUAGCUACCACGAACACCGCAAUGAGGGUCACCGCAACAUUUGCCUAAUUCCAAUUUCUGCUCAUGGAACCAAUCCUGCAUCUGCUCAAAUGGCAGGUAUGAAAGUUGAGCCAAUUCGUAUUCUAGCAGAUGGAAGCAUUGAUAUGGCGCAUUUGCGUGAUAAGGCAUCUGAGCAUGCUCGUAAUCUAUCAUGCCUUAUGAUCACAUAUCCCUCAACUAUGGGCGUAUUCGAAGAAACCGUGGCCGACAUUUGCGAAUUAAUUCAUAGACAUGGGGGCCAAGUGUAUUUAGAUGGCGCCAAUAUGAAUGCCCAAGUGGGUCUUUGUCGCCCCGGUGAUUAUGGAAGUGAUGUUUCCCAUUUAAAUCUGCACAAAACUUUCUGUAUUCCACACGGUGGUGGUGGUCCAGGAAUGGGUCCAAUUGGAGUUAAGUCACAUCUUGCCCCCUAUUUACCAGGUCAUCCUGUAAUUAGCCCGCUCGAAAGUGAUGACAAUAGUUUUGGCGUUGUGUCCGCUGCACCUUUUGGCAGCUCUGCCAUUUUGCCAAUAUCAUGGUCGUACAUUAAACUAAUGGGUAGUCGGGGCCUAAAGAGGGCCACACAGGUUGCUAUUUUGAACGCCAAUUACAUGUCCAAGAAACUAGAGCAACACUACAAAACGCUUUACAAAGACCCCAAAAACGGUCUUGUUGCUCAUGAGUUCAUAUUGGAUAUAAGGGAUCUUAAGAAGACCGCAAAUAUCGAAGCCGUCGAUGUGGCGAAACGUUUAAUGGACUAUGGAUUCCACGCUCCUACAAUGUCAUGGCCCGUCGCAGGCACCCUUAUGAUCGAGCCCACAGAAUCUGAAGAUAAAGAGGAAUUGGAUCGCUUUUGCGAGGCAAUGAUUUCUAUACGUGGAGAAAUCGCCGAAAUUGAAGCUGGGCGUAUGGAUAGAAAUAUUAAUCCCUUAAAAAUGGCACCCCACACUCAAUCACAGGUCAUCUCUGAGAACUGGAAUAGACCUUACAGUCGAGAAUUAGCAGCAUUUCCAGCCUUAUUCAUUAAACCUGAAUCAAAAAUUUGGCCUACCGUUGGGCGCAUUGAUGAUGCAUAUGGUGAUAAACAUCUAGUCUGUACAUGUCCACCAAUUUUGCCCGAUCUUUAGAAAUUAAAUACAUAUGUAUACAAAAACAAUUAAACUUUUAAAUGCA